GAAUUUUGAAAAGAUGUUAAAAUCAAUCAUAACAAAUACUAAAUGCCAAUUACGUUCAGCAAAUUUAAAAAAACGCAACUUCAAGAAUCAGGUCAUUUAUAAUGAGUCUGGUGAGAAAAUUUCACCUGUCGUAACCAAGGAAGAGUUGGAUAAGUUGGAGGAAUUUCUCAACACAGAGCACAAUAUGCAGAGCAUGGUAGAACGCAUAAAAAGCUUUUUGACUGCUAAUGACGUUGUAAAUCGUUUGAGCGAAGCUCUUUAUAUUGUUCUUAAUGAUAAGUUUUUGGUGCAAUGUAGUUGGCUAGGUGGUAGUAGAGACGGGACAAAGAUAGGUUUAAAACGGUACAUAAAUUUGCAAAAAUUACUACGGCUUGCGGCAGAAGACGGUGUGUACAGCUUGGAAAGGAAGGAGUUUGAGAUGAUUUUAAAAUCAAAAAUAUUUCACGCUAAAGACAGAUUACGAUGCAAGAAUAUGAGAAAGAGCGUUUGUAGAUUCAGACAACGCAAAACAAACAGCACAAGCUUUCACAAAAUUCACCCGAUUGACUCAGUUAUAGACACUGCAUCGACUUCGAAAAAUGCACUGGCGACUAGGUCUACUAAGGAAAUUUCAAACAGCGCUUUCAUCCCCCAAACGCAAUCGAUCCCAACCACGUACGCUGGGUCGACUUCGAAACUUUCAUCAGCGACUAGGUCUACUAAAGAAAUUUUAUCAGCACUUACAAAAACAAACAGCGAUAUCAUCCCCCAAACCCAAUCGAUUGAACCAGCUAUGUACGGCAGGUCGACUUCAAAAAUUUCACCAGAGACUAGAUCUAUUGACGAUAUUUUACUGACAUUUACAAACAGAAACUGCACUAUCGUCCCCCAAAUUCAAUCGAGUACCCCAAUUAUGCACGCUGGGUCGACUUCGAAAGUAUCAUCACAGACUAUGUCUACUAAAGAAAUUUUACCAGAAUUGACAAAACAAAACAGCGAUAUCAUCCCCCAAACCCAAUCGAUUGAACCAGCUAUGUACGAAACUGCACUAUCGUCCCCCAAAUUCAAUCGAGUACCCCAAUUAUGCACGCUGGGUCGACUUCGAAAGUAUCAUCACAGACUAUGUCUACUAAAGAAAUUUUACCAGAAUUGACAAAACAAAACAGCGAUAUUAUCCCCCAAACCCAAUCGAUUGAACCAGCUAUGUACUGUAGGUCGACUUCAAAAAUUUCACCAGAGACUAGAUCUAUUGACGAUAUUUUACUGACAUUUACAAACAGAAACUGCACUAUCGUCCCCCAAAUUCAAUCUAGUACCCCAAUUAUGCACGCUGGGUCGACUUCGAAAGUAUCAUCACAGACUAUGUCUACUAAAGAAAUUUUACCAGAAUUGACAAAACAAAACAGCGAUUUCAUCCCGCAAACGCAAUCGAUGGGCCCAAUUAUGUAUGCUGGUUCGACUUGUACAAUUUCAACAGAGAGUAGAUCUACUAUUGGAAUCCCACUAGAAACUAGGUCAACUAGGCAAAUGUCACUAGAAACUAGAAAGACUACAAAGGUUUCACCUGAUGCUGGGUCGAAUUCGAUAAUAUCAGAUAUCAAAAGCAAGGAAGAGUUGGAUACGCUGGAGGAAUUCCUGAACUCUGAGAACAAUAUGCAGAGCAUGGCGAAACGCCUAAACAGGUUAAUGUCUGCGCAAGGCGUUGAGAAUCGUUUCAACGAAGCUCUUAAUUUGGUGAUGGGAGUUGAUUUUUUAACUCAGUGUAGUUGGGGGGGUAGUAGAUUAACGAUAGGAUUACAAAAUUAUGCGAAUUUUCAAAGUCUGCUACGACUGUUGGCAGAGGAUAGUGUGCACACCAUGAGAAAAGCGGAUCUGGAGAAGUUUUUCAAAAUAAACAUAUAUCACGCUAAACCCAGGAAACGCACCAAACAACAAAAAUAGAAAUUGUAGGAAGAAAAAUGCACAAAUCAGUUAGAAAACAAUACAAUUCGUUUUCUGGAAAUUCGAUAAUUUCUACUUACUGGAUUUAGCUUUUCACAAUGAAUUAAUAAAAUAU